AUGGUGAAGGUUGUUGCUGUCUUGGGUAAUAGUGAGGGUGUUAAGGGCACAAUUUACUUCGUCCAGGAAGGAGAUGGUCCAACCACCAUCACCAGAUCCAUCACUGGCCUCAAGUCUGGGCUUCAUGGCUUCCAUGUGCAUGCUCUUGGAGACACCACCAAUGGAUGCAUGUCAACUGGGCCUCAUUUUAAUCCUGCUGGAAAGGAACAUGGUGCUCCUGAAGAUGAAAACCGACAUGCUGGUGAUCUAGGCAAUGCCACUGCUGGCGAGGAUGGUAAGUUGCUUUAUCAUCAGCUCAUGAUGUUACUUUUGUUAUCUAUUUUUACCCAUAUUUACUAUAACACUUUUUAUCGUAACAGAAAAAAAAAAUCAAACUAUGGCUUGAUCAACAAUUUUUACUGCUUCUCAGGAUACUGA